GCUAAUCCUAGUCAUGAAUUCACUACGUUUGAAAUCUAAAACCUGACCUUCAUGUUUGACAAAUUAACAUUUCCUCGGAGCGCGUUGUCCUGCCAGUCUUCCAGGUUUUAAGACGAGCGGAGUCGUUCACUAAUGACGUCAUAACGGGAACUUGCACCUCCAAGGAUACGACAAAGGCCCCCAAAGGAAACACUGCGUACCACCAUGGUGUCCUCUCACACACGAAGAAAGUUCGCUUGGAACUUCCUGAUCGACCUAAUAUACCUGAACGAUUGAAAAAAAGCAACUACACCAUGCCGCCUAAGAAGCUGAACCAGCAAGAACCCUCCGCCGUCCCUGAUGUCGACGAGCUCAAAAGCAUAGCCGCGAAAUCAGAUUCGCCAGAAGACAAACUCAAAGAGGCUGCCGCAAGUGCUGAAUCUGCUCUCGCCUCGGCCAAGACGGCUUCAUCGCUACGUUCCGCCGCCGAGACGAUCAAGGACCCAAAGAAACGGGAGAAAUACCUACAAGAUGCGUACAACAAGGAAAUUGAGGCGCACGGAAACUCUAAAAAGGCGCGUGUACUGAGCUCAGGCGCGUUUCAAGGCAGUGUAGGGGGUGGUGGUAUCGGUAUGGCUGUUGGGGCUGGACUGGGUACUGUGGUGGGUACGCUGGUCGGUACUGUGGCCACGAUACCCACAACGGCUGUUGGAACGUUGGUUGGUGCGGGCGUGGGUGGUGUGCAUGGGCCGUGGGUCAAGCUUGGUGGAGGGAAGAAAGACGAUAAAGAUAAGAACAAGGAUGGACAGGCAGAAGGCGACGGCACUGGUAAUGCGGAUGAAAAGGAUGUCGAUGGACAAAUUCAAGAUCAGAUGGGUGGGGAAGAAGACGGUAUACCGGAUCCUGAGGCACUAAGACGGGCGGCAGAUGAGUUUGCGCAACAGCGGAAAGCUGAACAGGGAGAGAACGAUGGUGGAAAUGGGGGAAACAAGGAGAAGAAGAAACCGAGGAAGAUUGAGGUACGAAGUAAAUAAGCUGCAUAGGGGACUGCAAUAGGCGAACUGGGGACAUUUCUUCUCAUCAUUUUGCUUGGGGGAUGCAUAUUUGGCGCUAUUAUGAUACAAG